GACAACAGAAUGAGCGCGAUGUGGAAUAAGAGCGAGCUCCUCCCUGCCCCGCCGUUCAGUAGCUCCUCAGGCCUCAUCCUCCAGCCCUUUUGGGACUACAUCCGACUUCAGCACCACUCCACCGUGAGCUCGCCGUUUUUCCCCCUUCUGAUCACUUUAUCCGGUUACUUCUUCUUCAGCUUGCCGUUCCUAACCAUCGACCUCCUGGGCAAAAAGCUGCCCUCCUUUCACCAGUACAAGAUUCAGCAGGCGAAGCAGCCCACUCUGCAGGAGAUGGCUACGUGCCUGUGGAGGGUGCUGUACCAGUACGUUGUGUUCGUGAUCCCCGCGAUGGUCAUCAACUCUUUCCUCAUGCCCUCGCCCCCUCUGCGUGCCACAGCGCCCUCCGUCUUAGAGCUUGGCAGCGGCGUCCUGGGAUGCCUACUGCUGUUCGACUUCCAGUACUACGUGUGGCAUGUGGUCCACCACAGGCACCGCUACCUCUACAGGUGCGUGCACGCCCUCCACCAUGAUGUCACAGCGCCUUUCGCCCUGGUUACGCAGUACCUGGGCACCCCUGAGCUCCUGACCAUCGGGUUCUGGAGCAACAGCAACCCUCUCCUCCUUGGAUGCCACCCUCUGACCUCCUGGCUCUUCACUCUCGUCAGCACCUGGAUGUCGGUGGAAGAUCACAGUGGGUACGACAUGCCCUGGGCUCUCCACCACAUCGUUCCCUGGGGACUCUAUGGGGGAGCGCCAGCCCACGACGUGCACCAUCAGAAGCCCCACGCUAACUUUGCCCCCUUCUUCAGCCACUGGGACAAGGUCUUCGGAACGGCCAUCAGUGCAGAUGCUGCCAGCAGCUUCCCAGACAAGGAAAAAUGAAGACGGAGCGGACCGGUGUGAACACACCAACAUCCAGUACGUAAACACCACAGCUUUCUGGAAUGGCCACCAUUCUCUUAAUGCACUUUUAAUUCUGGAUCAGGUAGUUGAUUAAACAGUUGUCUGUGAUUAAUAAAAUGUUUUGUUUUUAAA